AGCAGCUAUUUCUCAAUCGGCAUGCACGCCCUGGUGAAAAGGAACUAACUGUAUGCUUUCAGUUUCAGUAGCUCUGCGUGAUAGGACAGAAAAGCCAUGGCUGAUAACACCCUGAGGUCAAAGAGGAAAAUGUUUAUCAACUCAGUGGAUGUAGGUACAAUAAAUGGCUUGAUGGAUGAACUUUUAGAGAAGAGAGUGCUGAACCAGGAAGAGAUGGACAGAAUAAAAGUUGGCAAUGUCACUGUUAUGGACAAAGCACGGGACCUUUGUGAUUCUGUGGCUAAAAAAGGUCCCCAGGCAAGCCAAAUCUUUAUCACCUACAUUUGUAAAGAAGCGUGCUAUGUGGCACAAAUGAUGGAGCUUGAAUCAGGUAAGAGCCUGCAUCUUAGACUAACAAGAGGGUCUAUGUAUUCUUAUAACCAGUAACAGACCAAAGAAGAUGGUGCAUUUUCAGGAUCAAGUGGGAGCCUCAAGUUGUGCCCUGCAGAAACAGCCCAAAAGAUUUGGAAAGAAAAUCCUUUAGAGGUUUAUCCAAUAAUGACUACAUCAUCCUCUCGUACACGCCUUGCCCUUAUUAUAUGCAACACAGAGUUUGAACAUCUUUCUAGGAGGGAUGGAGCUCAUGUUGACCUCAGAGAAAUGAAAUUGCUGCUGGAGGAUCUGGGAUAUACUGUGAAAGUGAAAGAAAACCUCACAGCUAAGGAGAUGAUGGCAGAAGUGAAGGAAUUUUCUGCCUGCCCAGAGCACAAGACUUCUGACAGUACUUUCCUCGUAUUCAUGUCUCAUGGUAUCCUGGAGGGAAUAUGUGGAAAGAGGUACUCACCUUCUGAUAAAGGUGAAGAGCCAGAUGUUUUAAAAGUUGACAAAAUCUUUCAAAUGAUGAACACUUGGAUGUGCCCAAACUUGAAAGACAAGCCCAAAGUUAUCAUCAUUCAGGCCUGCCGUGGAGAGAAUCAAGGGGUGGCAUUGGUAAAAGAUUCAGUAGGAACAUCUGAAGAGAAAUUCUUAAUGGAUGCAGAUUUUGAAGAUGACGGCAUUAAGAAGGCCCACAUAGAGAAGGAUUUUAUUGCUUUCUGCUCUUCAACACCAGAUAAUGUCUCUUGGAGACAUCCUGUCUGGGGCUCUCUUUUCAUUGUGGAACUCAUCAAACAUAUGAAAGAAUAUGCCUGGUCCUGUGACUUGGAGGACAUUUUCAGAAAGGUUCGAUUUGCUUUUGAGCAACCAGGAUUUAGGCUACAGAUGCCCACCACUGAAAGGGUGACCUUGACAAAACGUUUCUAUCUCUUCCCAGGACAUUAAGUAUGU